CACUCCGCUCUCCGUGUGUUUGACCAAGUGGACACGACGAGAGACAUUUCACAUCCUCAUUCCGCGCUUAUACCACCAGGAGCCGGUUCACUGGAACCUACUUGAGAGUCAGCUCCCGGACGAGGGGUAGGAGUCUGGCAAAACCAACACACAGACCGCAUUAUAUUGCAUACACUUCUGUUUUAAAAAUAAUUUGCCUGGUUGACUUUACUAUGGAGCUUCGUUUAAUCCUCACUGUUUAUGGUUUCUUAUCUUUGCCACGGAUACAAGCUGACGAAUUGGACCUACAUUACGGAGAAUCGUACCACCUGACUGUGUGUUGUACUCACCUGACCGGGCACCGUGCUCGGAACACUAACUGUUGUCUCGAUCAAGAGGCGGACCCGUGGGGCAUCUGUUCCGCCGUCUGUCAGGUAGAACGGUUAAAUCUGCGGGCGCCACUAAGAAACACGACUCUCCGAGCUACCAUCCCAGUCAAAGACAACGAGUACCAAGUUCUGAACGUGACGGUGCAGGCUGCAGUGCGGUACAUCAAUAUAUCUGUGGAGAUGGAGUGGUUGGCCAGACCUGCUGGCAAAUGUACACAGAGAGACCUGUGUGAGUUCAGUGAGUGUGUUAAGAAAGAUCCAGACAAUGCCACGAAAUGUGUAGCUGAUCUAGUCACCCUCAUCCAGUUCCAGAAAGAUCGUCUGCUGAAGGCGGCCAUGAAACCGGAAGUGACAAACUCGAUUGCAGCAGCAGGAGCGCGAACUGUCAACUUCCAGGCAGCUGAUGUGUCGACAAGUGAUCCGCCGACAGUUGACGUUACUUCAUCAACAACCAUGUCAACAUCUGUGACGUCACAUCCUGUUUUGGAACCCACAAGUACAACGUCAGUGUUCAAGGAUUUCAUGAACACAGAAUCUACGUCAACUCAAGAUACAUCAUCUUUGAACAGUUCCACGACAACAACUACAACUACUACAACAACACUCAGUGACCUCAUGAUUGAAACAGCUUUUGAAGAAGACGAAGACGAGUCUAGCCGUGACCUGCGUUCAGCAAUUUACUCGGUAAACUUUGUCGUGGGUUCGGUGUUCGGUCUGAUCGGCGGAGCUGUGCUUACCGCCGUCAUCAUCUUCCUGUGCUGGGUCAGAGCGGGAAACAGGAGUUCGAAGCGAGAUUCUAAAGUGAGAUGUGAAGUGGUUCCAGCACACAAGGUCCAGCCUAUGGCGAACCCGUUUUACUCGAUGUCUGUUCCUGACAUCAUCGGAAUGGUCUCGGACGGCCAACCGACCCUGGAGUCGGUCUACGCCCAGAUCGGUCCAGUAGACACACUCACCACCCAAGACUCAGACAGCAACACCGAGGACGUCAUCUCCAGCAGCUACAACACACUGGGCUACCCGUCAACAACGACAGCUACAACAGCAGCGUGCCAUAUGUAUAACCGACUCGACCGUUUCUUGCAUGAAGGUACUUGCACUUCAAAGGGAGAUUCAGACAGACCGUCCACUGAUUAUGGCACGAUAGACCGGGAAGGAGUUCAGUCUGUGCUGCGGGAGAAGGAUGUGGAUGGUUACUAUCACUGUGUAGAUACUCCUCGACACACUGCUGCCAGUCAAAGCGAUAGUUGUACAGCUGUUUCCAUUGUUACACAACCAGCUGUUCCCAUCAUUGCACAGUCAGCUGUUCCCACAAAGACAGAGACACCGGGCGGUGCCGAGGAGUAUUCUCGCGUUCACAUUCGUCACCAGAGUCCACAGUUCUCAGACAGACAGUCAGCUAACAGGACACCCACUUCUACUGGACACCACUCGUCUGGCUAUACCAAUGUUCCCAGUGAAAACCCAAGUGCUGCUGAAGCUGGCGUUGUUCAGGGAGACUCUUCGCGCGGACAUCAACAUCGGACUGGAGACAGGACAAGUGGAGUAGUGGUGCGUCCAGUCCUUCAUUCCACUAACCUGUGUCCAAACAGUAUCCCGCGCAGCUCAGUACACAGAAUAGUGAACCCAGGAGGUGAGACUGCAGCAUGUUAUAACUAUAAUGACAAUAAUAGCCACUGCAUUCCACAAAACAGAGUGCUGUAUUUUGUUCUGGAACGUGAAGAUGACCACACAGAUGUAUGAUGAGAAACAGGUACAGCACCAGAUGACCACACAGAUGUAUGGUGAGAAACAGGCACAGCACCAGAUGACCACACAGAUGUAUGAUGAAAAACAGGUACAGCGCCAGAUGACCACACAGAUGUAUGAUAAGAAACAGGCACAGUACCAGAUGACCACACAGAUGUAUGGUGAAAAACAGGUACAGCGCCAGAUGACCACACAGAUGUAUGAUAAGAAACAGGCACAGUACCAGAUGACCACACAGAUGUAUGGUGAGAAACAGGCACAGCACCAGAUGACCACACAGAUGUAUGAUGAAAAACAGGUACAGUACCAGAUGACCACACAGAUGUAUGGUGAGAAACAGGCACAGCACCAGAUGACCACACAGAAGUAUGAUGAAAAACAGGUACAGCGCCAGAUGACCACACAGAUGUAUGAUGAGAAACAGGUACAGCACCAGACAGUACACAUCAGUUCGUAUCUCUUUAACAUCAUUUUCGUUUUACACAGAACAUCUUUUCAAUUUGUCAUAGACAUCCAUUUCAAUUGAUGAUGAUAUCCUGGAAGUUUUGCGAUAAACUUUGUGAUAGACAUAACCUUUUGAAUUUUAUGAGGAUCCUUGUUUUCAUUGUGAUGAACAUCCUUCACGAUUUGUGAUGUACAACCUUUUCACUGGAUUGUAGACAUACUAAUUACGUUAUUUUGUGUAGUGUUUCCAGUUUGUGAUGUACAACCUUUUCACUGGAUUGUAGACAGACUAAUUACGUUAUUUUGUGUAUUGUUUCCAGUUUGUGAUGUACAACCUUUUCACUGAAUUGUAGACAUACUAAUUACGUUAUUUUGUGUAUUGUUUCCAGUUUGUGAUGUACAACCUUUUCACUGAAUUGUAGACAUACUAAUUACGUUAUUUUGUGUAGUGUUUCCAGUUUGUGAUGUACAACCUUUUCACUGAAUUGUAGACAUACUAAUUACGUUAUUUUGUGUAGUGUUUCCAGUUUGUGAUGUACAACCUUUUCACUGAAUUGUAGACAUACUAAUUACGUUAUUUUGUGUAGUGUUUCCAGUUUGUGAUGUACAACCUUUUCACUGAAUUGUAGACAUACUAAUUACGUUAUUUUGUGUAUUGUUUUCAGUUUGUGAUGUACAGCCUUUUCACUGGAUUGUAGACAUACUAAUUACGUUAUUUUGUGUAGUGUUUCCAGUUUGUGAUGUACAACCUUUUCACUGGAUUGUAGACAUACUAAUUACGUUAUUUUGUGUAGUGUUUCCAGUUUGUGACGUACAACCUUUUCACUGGAUUGUAGACAUACUAAUUACGUUAUUUUGUGUAGUGUUUCCAGUUUGUGAUGUACAACCUUUUCACUGGAUUGUAGACAGACUAAUUACGUUAUUUUGUGUAUUGUUUCCAGUUUGUGAUGUACAACCUUUUCACUGAAUUGUAGACAGACUAAUUACGUUAUUUUGUGUAGUGUUUCCAGUUUGUGAUGUACAACCUUUUCACUGGAUUGUAGACAGACUAAUUACGUUAUUUUGUGUAGUGUUUCCAGUUUGUUAUGGACCUUCUUUUCAGUUUGUGAUGGACAUCCUUUUCAGUUUGUGAUUAACCGAGAAUACUGUGUAUAAAAGUUCUAUUACAAGGCAAAGGACAUCGUGUAUAUAAAUGUUUACAUACUACUAAUAGUCUGCUUUAUAUAGGAGCAUUCUAACUGUAAUAUCAAUGCACAAACAUAACCAAACCUAGCUUGACCUUAUUACUGACCUUGUUUAACUGUGAUUUAGCUUUCUUCUUCUUUUCCAGAAGAUGCCAAUAGUAUGACAACAAAGUAUUGAGACCUGUAACUCUUCAAAGUGGACACAAGUACAAUAAAACUAAUAAUUUACACCAAAUAGCAGAAUUAACAAAAUAUAGAAUAUCAUGUCAUAUAAUUUCCAUUAUUCUUAGUAUAAUAUAUUUAAUAUAACGUGUGAUUUGUUCACAUGUUCAAUAGAGUACACAUUACAUAAAUAUCUUUAUUAGAUAGUAAAGUCUACAAGUACAAAUCCAUGAAGCAGUAAAAAUCGUAUAUUUCCAAGUCCAGUAAUGAUAUUUUCUAUAUACAUGUACUUAUGUGAUCAUGUAUACACGUGGAACUUAUUAUACUGCCAUUUUUUUGUAAGCUAAUUUAGCACAAUAUAUAUAUUAACAAAAGGUUUGUUAAUUCACAAAAAUUUCCACAGAACGUCGUCAAUGUUGAAGACGUGCACCAUAUAUAAUUGUCCACAAACAUUCGACAGUGUGCUGUUCUUUGUAAAAAGAGUUGUCGUUCCUUGGUAUGGAAGAAAGAAAAGGAAUAAAUUCAUUUUGUAGAUUUGUACACCAGUUUAUAAUGUUAAGUAUAUAUUACGUGUAUAAACUUAAUAUUACUCGUUUUACAAGGCUUAUUUUAUCGGUCACAUAGUGAAGUUUACAGCAAUAUCCUAUAUAUUUACACUUCAUUUUUCACAUUAGAAUUUGACAAAAUAUAUGUCAAAUGUUUCAGUAUGUGUCAAGACAUGUUUUGAUGUUAUGUAGUCGAAAAUAAACACUUCAUAAAUAAAUCAUGAUAUUAA